AUGAUUAAAGUCCUUGUUGCAAACCGGACAUUUUGUCACUCAUAAUCCUCAUCUACCCUCCCCUCCGUCUCCUCUUCCUUCGCUUCGUACUUCGCAGGCGAGAGGCCAUAUAAGUGCAAGUUUUGCGGAAAGGCGUUCUCCCAGAAUGGCACACUUAAGCGACAUUAUCAAACGUGCAAAGGAGCUCCCGGAAGAGGCGUACACCACGGGCACAAUCACAAUUACCACCAGCAUCACUCCGGGCACUACAACCAUCAGUACUACUCUUGCAACAAGGUGCAAAGCCAUCUACAGAGCUUAGCUCAGUCGAAUUCUGUGGAAUCGACCAGUCCGUUGGCAACAAGUCCCAGACCAUUGCUAUCACAAGGAGCUACACCACCGCCGACUCCGUCUCAUGUUCUUCCACAUCUCUCUUCUGCUGGACAACUAUCGUCGCCGGGCCUAGCGUCGCCCUCCACAGACUCAACCGGCAACUAUGCAGCCAUAUUUGGAUUCGAUGGCUUCUUGAGCUCCUCGGCUGACAAAGCGCGUUGCAAGACGGAAACAUCGCCAUCCAGUCCACCUUCCAGCACCGAUCUGCUGGCCAGACGUCCUGCCUCUCUCGUAUUCGCUAGUCCACUGGUCUGUGAUAAAGGUACGUACCGAGGUAGUGGCUCUGAAAUUCUACCUAAAUUGGUGUUAUUCGACGCUGUCACUAUAAACCUGUAA